CCGGAAGUAAAAGGACAAGGGUGCGUGUAACCUCUAAAACGAAUGCAUGCCUGUCACUGCUAUGGAUUUGUGGAGCUGAGGCGCCGGUUAAAAAGAUAAAAGGUGAGAAGAUUUUUCACCGAUGACAAUGGCAGCCUUAUGCCGAAACGUGCCAAGAAACAUCUUUGGGUUAAAGGUCGUGCCGGAACAUCCCGCAUACUCGCUAAUGUGGAUUGGUGGAAUCCGCCAUAAAUUCACCAAGACUCGCUAUCACGAUGAAUUCUUUCAGCCAAAGCCUGAGGAUCAUGAAAAGUAUGGUGGGGAUCCUGAGCAACCACACCAGCUUCAUCUUGUCACCCGAAUAAAAUCUGGGCUUGGUCGACCAUACUGGGAAAAAAAUAUCCUGAAAGUUCUGGGACUGGAAAAGGCUCACAGGCCAGUAGUUCACAAAAAUAUCCCAGCAGUCAACGAAAAACUUAAAAUUGUCAAGCAUCUGGUCAGAAUUCAGCCCCUGAAGCUUCCUCACGGGAUUCCGACAGAGGAGGAUAUAGCAGAGACUUACCUCAGGAGCACUGGGGAGCUGGUGAUCCAUAAGAAGCUGAAACCAAUUGAAACAAAAUCCAUUGAACCAUAGCGACCUAAUUACUGACCUCUAUAUGUGCUGAGGGCUGACAAUAUUUAUCGAAGGAAACAUUAGAAUUUGAUAAAUCUACUGUGAUGCCUUAUUCCUGCACCAUGAAGGUAUUAGUAAGUAGAAGUCUAUGGUGCAAUCUGUAAUUUUUGAAAUAAACUUUUUUCUAUGAAGUCA